AUGCAACUUACGAAAUUACAUAGCUGUGCUAGUGGUAAAGAUGAAGUAACAGUUCAUGAUGUACUUAAUGCUUAUAUGAUUGUCACUAUGAACAGAAAUUCGAUACAGAUAUCAAACGAAUAUUUUCAACGUGCUUAUAUUCUUGUUAAUUAUCGAGAUAUACUACAUUCAAUAGCUCCGGCUGGUCAUGUAGCCAAUUCAUUUGUAAUCAUGCUAACUUCAGAUUUUCCAAAUCCAUUCUCGUUGAUUUCUAUUGCUAAGACAAUUCGACAAGCGAUUAAUAAAUGUCGUAAUGAAGAUUUUCUUAUGAAAUGGAUACCAACAGUUGAUCUAAUGAUGAGACAAAUUAUUAAAGAUGAUAAAUUAAUUUGUGUAUGGGAUACAAAUGAAGUUGUAAUUAAUUCUAAUUUUAAAUAUGAUUGGUCGAAUCAAGUUGAUUUCGGUAUGAUAAAUCAAUGUCGAUUUCAUACAAUGACAUCCUUAAAACCUUAUUUUCGUAUUUUUCGAUUAAAUUCUGUCAAAAACAAAGAAGGUCAUUGGAUAAAAGAUCAUGAUGGUGCUGAAGUAUCUUUUCGAAUUCAAAAAGAUGAUAUGAAAAAUAAAUUUUUGGAAACAUACCGAAAAGAUAUCGAAACAAAUUUUAUCAAUGUCGAAUAA